UCUCUCUCUCUCUCUCUCUCUCCCCUUUCUCUCCUGUCUUCGUUCCCCUCUCGCCUCCAAGCUCUCUCUGUGGACUCUGGAUGAUGGAGCUGAAGGAGUUCUGCUUGAGUGAUGACUUUCACUUCCUGAACCAUCAAAACAGUCUGUUGGACCCCUCAUCCACCGAUGACCCCCCGUCUCCACGGGAACAGGUGGUGAAGGUGGACCCCCUCAGCCCCCCAUUCACGGCUCCGUUCAGCCCUAGCAGCACGUCGGACAGCAGUGCGUACAGCCUGUUCUCUCAGGGUCACUCUCUGGACCCGGACUCACCCAGCUCCAGCAGCACGGCCACCUUUAACCCCACCCACUACGGCACCGAGGAACACCCUGGCCUGCGGGUUGCCGCCCAAACGCACUCCGUCCUCAGCCGAGACUACAUCCCCAACCUGCACCCCGGACCCAAACGCCUCUGCCUGGUCUGUGGGGACUUCGCAUCCGGCUACCACUAUGGAGUCGCGUCCUGCGAAGCCUGCAAGGCCUUCUUCAAGAGGACUAUCCAAGGAAAUAUUGAGUACAGCUGUCCGGUGGUGAACGAGUGUGAGAUCACAAAGAGACGGAGGAAAGCGUGUCAAGCCUGUCGCUUCCAGAAGUGUCUGCGGGCUGGCAUGAUGCGAGAGGGUGUGCGUAUGGAUCGAGUGAGAGGAGGCCGGCAGAAGUAUAAAAGGAGAGUGGACUCCAGCCUGUCCGUCUUCAUCAAAACAACCUACACACAUCCGGUCAAACCAGUCCGAAAUAAGGUAAUUUCCCAGCUUCUGGUGUCUGAGCCGGUUCCGAUGCGGGCGUCCCCAGACCCUUCCAUCCAAGACACUGACCUCAACACCCUGCUGACCUUAUGUGACCUUUUAAACAGGGAGCUCCUGGUCAUGAUCGGCUGGGCCAAACACAUCCCAGGGUUCUCCGCGCUCUCUCUGGUGGAUCAGAUGGCUCUGCUGCAGAGUGGCUGGAUGGAGGCUCUGCUGCUGUGCGUGGUGUGGAGGUCUCAGGGUUGUCCUCAAGAGCUGCUGUUUGCGGAGAAUCUGCGGCUGAACGAAGCUCAGGCCAGAGCAGCCGGCCUGCUGGACCUUUACACGCCUCUCAGACAUCUGACCACAAAAUACCAACAGCUGAACCUCAGCCAGGAGGAGGCCGUCACGCUGAAGGCCAUGGCCCUCGCCAACUCAGACGCUGAGAACAUUGAGAGCGGAGACGCGGUGCUGCGGUUUCAGGACGGCCUCCAUGAAGCCCUGCAGGACUAUGAGAGCGUCCAGCGUCCUUCCGAGCCUCAUCACGCCGGUCGGCUCCUCAUGACCCUCCCCCUGCUCAGACAGACUGCGCAGAGGGCCGUCCAGUGCUUCUGCCGUCUGCACAUGGAGGGACGUGUCCCAAUGCACAAGCUCUUCCUGGAGAUGCUGGACGCCAAGAUUUAAGCUGAACCUCAAAUGGCUCCCUGCUUCCUAUAUAGUGGGCUACACGGGGCACAAUGGUCUUGGUCGAAGGUCUGGUACAGCAGUGACUUUCUACACCCAAAAAGUGCACUAUAUGUCCAAAAGGAAGCUGUUUGGGAUGCAGCUUUAGAAAGGUCCAGCUAGGCGGCCAGAAUUAGGGCUAAGGUCAAUGAUGCCAAGCCAAGGAUGGCAGAGGAAGUUAUCUAAAGGUCUGAAUUUAAAUUUCAUCCAUGUUUGGCUCCCCUUGAAAAAUAUUCAGACAAACUGAAGAACUCUGUAUGGAGAAAAUCGAAUGGGUCCCAGUAUGGAGCCCUGGAGUACACCAGCAUAAGAAUUAACAAUACUAUUCAGAUUACAUUGUAUUAGGUUGAUGAUUUUGUUCAAACAAAUAACAGAUACAUAAUCCACAGUAUGGCGUGGGCAAUAUGAUACAUUGUUGUGAUAAAUUACAUUACAAUUUUCUGAGUAUAUGAUGGUUAUGUUCUAGAAGACAACAACUGCAUAGAUCAAUAAACACCAACUAUAGAGAGCCUGUAAACGAUGACCAAAGUGUAGUAAAUGCUUAGUAACAAGUAGCUGAUUGGAUAGCAGCCCAUCAUGACAUCAUCUUAUUUCAUUAAUUUAUUAACUGUUUGAUUUUUUUCCUUCUUAAAAAAGUGUGUUCCAACUUGUCAACCUCAAAGUGACUAAAUAUUGCGAUACAUAUUAUGCAUCAGGGAAAUUUCUACAAUUAUUUCGAUGUUUUUGUCAUAUCGCCCACCCUUAACAAAUAGUACAGUAUAAAGUUAUUUGCCAGCUCUUAUCCAUCCAUUUCAACUCAGGAAGGGUGAAAACACCAAUAUAUGUUGGAUGGGGCACUCCAGGAGCAGACUUACCGCUUAACAGGGUUGUUAUUUGUCAAAUUGCAAUUUGCAAUUUGAAUAAAAGUGAAGGAAUUUUAUUAAUUUUUUUAUAUUUAAUGAAUUUUCAAAUGUAAGAUUAUUUGCAGUAGCAGCUAUUAAGUUAUUUUCUAAAUUAUGAUUAGGUAUUCUUUUGUUAAAGCAUCUUUAGAUUAUUAUAAAUGUAAGUAUUAAUGUUUUUGAUUUGGGUCAACUGCUGCAACAGAAACAUGUAAAAUGACAUUGUAGUCAUGCCACAAAUCUUCAGCUUCACUAUUUAUUGUCUUAUUUAUUAAACAUGCUUUGCAUUUUGGUUAUUUAUAUUUAAAUAAACUAUUUUUGCAAUUUU